CUCUUUGCUCUGUGCUGUUGAGUACGCGGCGCCACUUAGAAAAUUUGCCGGGCGGGAUUUCCGCAAAUUAUCAAGUAUGGCGAAGACUUACGAUUAUUUGUUUAAACUGCUGCUGAUCGGGGAUUCAGGAGUCGGGAAGACCUGCGUGCUGUUCAGAUUUUCAGAAGACGCGUUUAACUCGACUUUUAUCUCAACUAUAGGUAUCGAUUUCAAGAUUAGGACGAUAGAGUUAGACGGCAAGAAGAUCAAGUUACAGAUAUGGGACACGGCAGGACAGGAGCGAUUCAGGACAAUCACAACGGCGUAUUACAGAGGCGCUAUGGGCAUUAUGCUGGUGUAUGACAUCACCAAUGAAAAGUCCUUCGACAACAUCAAGAAUUGGAUUAGAAACAUAGAAGAGCAUGCAUCAGCAGAUGUGGAGAAGAUGAUUCUGGGCAACAAAUGUGACAUCAAUGAUAAGCGACAAGUUUCCAAAGACAGAGGAGAGAAGCUGGCGUUAGAGUAUGGCAUCAAGUUCAUGGAGACGAGUGCGAAGGCCAACAUCAACGUGGAAAAUGCAUUCUUAACACUCGCCAGAGACAUUAAAGCGAAGAUGGACACGAAACUGGAGGGUAACAAUCCUCAAGGCAGCAAUCAAGGAGUGAAGAUCACCACCGAGCAACAGAAAAAGAGCAGCUUCUUCCGCUGUGUUCUACUGUGAAGACCAAGGCCUUACUGUCCUCCACCCUGGGGCUGAACUCAACUGGACUGUGCUCUUGAUUUUAGCACCUCUCUCUCUCUCUCUCUCAGCACCUCUCUGCUUCCAGCCCUAGUGCUGCUGGAGUGCUCAGCUCCUCUCAUCUGCUUCCACUGAUGCGUGGUUUCUUCCAGCUUACGGCCAUUUUCCUGAUGAGGCCAUAGCAAGCUUGCCUAGUGUCUUUUUUUUCUUCUUCUUCUUUUUUUUUCUCCAAUUAUCAUUGUCUUCAUGACUAAAGAUUGCACCAUUAAUAACACAUUCCCAUUUACUCUCAAGUCUUAUCAGUCCUCUUUCUGUGCCACAGAAGUGGACAAUUAUGUCCUUCUGGGGUUGGAGAAGGGUCAAGGAUCAUUUCUCCCUGCUUUCCUUCAUAGGAAAUCACCAAACAGUAUAGUUUACAGGAAUCGCAAACAAACAGAAAAAGUUGUUGCUUCAUUUUGCGCUGACAUUUUUGCCCCAUCGUGAACUUUUAUGGUUCAAUUUAAAUGCAGUGAACAGUAUUUAUUUAUUUUCCCCCAGAAGUAAUGUAGCGUAGAUGUUCUGAUUUUGUGAUCAUUCAGCUGUGUAACCAACUAAUAGAACAAUGGGAUUUUUUGCCUUGUUAUUAACUGCCCACAAGAAAAUAUACACAAACCAACCUCAGCCUUUGGUUCAACGUUUCUAAUGUCCGAGCUGCAGUGAAAAACCUGAAUAUUUACUCCGAUCCAAGAUUAGAAAUUGAAUUCAAGCCUUAAGGAAAAAAAAAACCCCCAUGUAUCUUUGUCAUCUCUUUUUCAGUGUUGCCUUUUAUAUCGCGUCUGAUUUUGCUUAGAAAAGCAGACGUGUUAUUUACGCAACAGGAAACAGCUGGGUUUUUUCUUUCUCUUUCUCUAAGGUUUGACUAGACUCUUAACACACUCGUCACUUCAUGUUAGAUACCAUAGAUGGCAUCAGGCACCCAGUAAGACAUUCCCUGCCCAUUUCCUGUGUGCACUUAAAUUAUUAUAGUUCAUAUGACUGGACUUAUCUGCACAGAGAACAGCUGCUCAUAUCAUUUAUGUUGGCAGCUGCUUCGUCUUCAUCUUUGCUGACGUUAUAAACGUGUAUCUUAAUCAGAGCUAGCAAUAGGCCAGGAGAGCCGUUAACUUACCAGCGCUGAGAGACCUGUAAUAUUUAAAACAAAAACAAAAAAAGUGAAGGAAUAGUUGCUUCUAGAUUAGGAGUUUUAUAAAUACAGUGUUUUACAGUUUCUUUUCUGGGAAGCAGAGAGAGAUCUCACCGAGACGAGCGCCGCUUUCUUUUGUUUCGAUGAAAGCUUGAGAUAAUGAAAAGCUGGUUUGAAUGAAAGGAACUUUAGCACUUUUUUUUUUUUUCCUUCCCUUCCCUUCCACCCCUUUCCAAAGAGUCUAAAUGUAUCUACUUCCUAUAUGAGUUUGUCCACGUCUCCAUAUCUCCCACUCCAGCCCACAUCCUGUGUACCUCCUUCCUUUGAGAUUUCCUAACAUUCUGCCAUUUGUCUUAAUUACUAAUACUUGAUCUCUCAUUAUAGAUCUAUGCAUUAUGAAGGUGACAUUUUUGACCUCUUGUAUUUUUGCGUAUUUCUUUCUCUCUCGCCUCCCUCUCUGCAGUAGGUUUUUUUUUUUCUUCCGUGACACUUCUUAAAGACAUUCCCAUAGUCUCUGUGUAUUUUUUUUGUUUGUUUGUUUUUGUUUUUUUGCUUUUGUCAAGCGCUUUUGUGCAAUUCAGUGACUCUUUAAUAAUAAGAGACUUGUAUAGAGUGUAUCGAGUGAGAGAUGUAGUUUUCACCACUCAGUGUGUUUUACGUCAAUAACCUGUAACGCAGCACUGGACCUGGCUUUGAUGUGACCAGCAUAACGGCUCGAUCCAGCGGUUUCGUUUUAUUUCCCCUUUCUGUGCACUCUUGUACAGAUUUGGUCAAGUAAAAAUAUUUGGAGAGGAGACGAUUUAUUAAACUGGUAGUACUUCCUGAAGUGUCAGCAGUUUUGCCAGCUGCGUCAAGCCUCUUCAAGCAGUUAAUACCGUUCGACUGUCAGAUCUUUGUUUCUUUUAUUUUAUUUUGAAUUCACUGUCCUUCAUAUCCUUUUCAUUUCUUUUAUACAAACGUUCAUUUAAUUUUUUUGAUCGCGAGGUGAACGGGGAGAAGAAAGUUGUUACAUUUUGGAAAAAAAAUCAAUAAAAACAACAAAAAAAGGAAAAUUGUAAAUAACACUCUAAAAAGAGAUCUACUUUAAUUGUACUGUACUUUCUAAAAAAAAAAAAAAAAAAAUCAUGUUGAAAAAUUGUCUACAGUUUUGUAGAUAUCAGUGCUUUUGAUUUAUUAAAAUAAGAUUCUUUUAAGAA